UUCUUUGCUGCGCACUUUAGUGCUGCGUGUAGUAUGAAGGGGUUCCUCAGGGUUCACUGCUGAGUCCUCUACAGUUCUAGAACUUUACCCAGCAUCCUCUUCGCGCUCAACAUGGAGGAACUGACGGUGGAGGUCCGUGGCUCCAAUGGAGCUUAUUAUAAGGGCUUUGUCAAAGACGUACACGACGACUCGCUCUCCGUUUCGUUCGAAAACAACUGGCAACCCGAAAGACAAGUCCCCUUCAGCGACGUACGGUUACCGCCUCCUGCUGACGGCAAAAAGGAGAUCACCGAAGGAGAAGAAGUGGAGAUUUACUCGCGGGCGAACGAGCAGGAGCCCUGCGGCUGGUGGCUGGCCAAAGUGCGCAUGAUGAAAGGAGACUUCUACGUCAUCGAGUACGCUGCCUGCGACGCCACCUACAACGAGAUCGUGACUUUCGAGCGCCUCCGCCCGGUCAACCGCAAUAAAGCUGUGACGAAGAACACCUUCUUUAAGUGUGCCGUUCCCGUGCCUGAAGAUCUCAGAGCAGCAUGCGAGAACGAACAAGCUCACAAGGAUUUUAAAAAGGCGGUCGGAGCCAUCCGGAUCGUUUACAGCCCCGAGCAAAGCGAGCUGACUGUGUUGUCCAUGAACGAAGCCAGCGUCAAGCGCGUCUCCCUGCUGAGUGACAUGCAUUUACGCAGCAUCCGCACCAAACUCAUGCUGGUGUCCCGGGACGAGGAGGCCACCAAACAUCUGGAGAGCACGAAGCAGCUGGCCUCGGCGUUUCAGGACGAGUUCACCGUGAGAGAGGACCUCAUGGGUCUGGCCAUCGGAAGCCACGGCAGUAACAUUCAGCAGGCCAGAAAGGUGACGGGAGUGACGGCUAUCGAGCUGGACGAGGAGACGGGGACCUUCAGGGUUUACGGAGAGAGCGCUGAGGCCGUACAGAAAGCAAGGAAUUACCUGGAGUUCCUGGAAGACUCUGUGCAGAUUCCUCGCAAUCUUGUUGGGAAGGUCAUUGGAAAAAACGGCAAGGUGAUCCAGGAGAUAGUGGAUAAAUCUGGUGUGGUGAGAGUGCGCAUCGAAGGCGACAAUGACAACAAACUCCCCCGACAGGAAGGAAUGGUGCCAUUUACAUUUGUUGGUACGAAGGAGAGUAUCAGCAAUGUACAGGUCCUACUGGAAUACCAUAUUGCAUACCUAAAGGUGAGUGUGAGAGGUGCUGAAAGGCCUCUGGUGUGUUUGAGACGCUCAAGCUCUUGUUGGUGUCGACAGGAGGUGGAACAGCUGCGUCUGGAGCGGCUGCAGAUCGACGAGCAGCUGCGUCAGAUCGGGAUGGGCUACCGGCCCGCCCCGAACCGGCCCGCCGACAAGGACAAGGGCUACGGCGCCGAGGAGAGCACACCCAGCCUCCAUAUCAACCGCUCCUACACCGGCAGGGGCCGCGGCCGCCGGGGGCCCGGAUACACGUCCGGCUACGGCACUAACUCCGAGCACUCGUACGCCUCGGAGACCGACUCGGAGCGCAAGGAAGAGCUGAGCGACUGGUCCAUGGCGGCAGAGGAGCCCGAGCGCAACCCCAGACAGCAGAGGGACAGCAGGAGGAGAGCAGGAGAGGGCCGGGGCCGGGGCCGCGGAGGGCCCGGGGGAAGAGGCCGCGGAUCAGGAAGAGGGGCCUCCAACUCCAUUAGCUCAGUUCUGAAAGAUCCAGAUGGAAACCCGUACAGCCUGUUGGACAACACAGAGACGGAUCAAACGGCAGACACGGAUGCCAGCGACUCCCAGAUGAACACCAACCGCCGCAGACGCUCCCGCCGUCGCCGAACAGACGAAGACACCACCGUCAUGGACGGCAUGAGCGAGUCCGACAACGCCUCCCUCAGCGAGAACGGCCUCGAUGAUGCUGAAGCUAAACCGCAGCGGCGCAAUCGCAGCCGCCGCCGUCGUUUCCGGCCUCCUGAGGAGAGGCAGCCAGUUACUGUGGCUGACUACAUAUCACGAGCUGAAUCUGAAAGCAGACAGAGAAACCCAAAAGAUCUGAGGAAGAACAAAAAGGACAUGGGUCAAGUGGACUUCAUAUCGGAGCACAGCCUGGCUGAAGCCGUGAGCAACGGUCCCUCCAAAGCAGACGAUCAGAGCAAGCCGGCCGUCGUCAACGGAGUCUCCUAAUCCGCUCGGCUUCUUUCUCCAAACUCAUAACCUUUACGAUUUUACAAUAGUGCUUGUACAAGCUUGCCAAAGAUAGACGUAUGGACUUCCACAUUCUCGAUUGCACUUUUCAGUUCCUUCACUAUGGAACGGAUAAUUACAAUGGAAAAAAAAAAAAUUGCGACAAAAAAAACAACCUAAACUUAAGUCACACCUGUGUUCCUGAUCAGAUGUUGUGCCUUCAGAGCGUAGUUUCAACAUUUAUGUUGGCUGGCUAUAGAGCAAACAGAAACAAAAACCAACAACAGCGACAACUUGUCUGAAUACGGAAAGACUCCCAGACAUCCUUAGCUGCUUUUUGUUACGUUUUAAUAUGCAACCACUUCUUCACGAGGGGUUAUGGGGAAAAAAAAAAAAAAAAAAAGGACGUUUUGCACUGAAUAGUCAUUUCUUGACCUUUAGAAUAAUGUUAGUCUGGAAACUGGUCUGCUAACUGUCCAUUUUAAAUGCUGUAUGUACACUUCCUGAACGAUUGAUUGGGUUUCAUCUUUUUGCCUGUUAGGUUGCUGUAACGGUGGCAGCCGAGACUGUUUCGCUAAAGGAGCCUUUUGUUUUAUUUAUUUUAAAAUGUACAGUAUUUAAAAUUAACGAUGCAGUGGUUUUUAACACUAAACUGCCUGAACUUCUUAGCACGCAAAUUACAAAUUUGGACUACUGAAAGAUCGAUUUCCAGAUGUUCUGUUCUGUAAACUACGUUCGUUAGUCCUUAUGGUUUUUUUUUAAAGAUCAUUCUGGUUGUUUGAUGUGCAAUAUGUUUUGUAUGCAGGUAGUUCAUAAAUAAACAUUUGAUCUUCCAGCCAGUCUUUCAAA